AAAAAAAGACAAAGCAAAGAACAAGGUUCCCAGUUCCCGUAUUCUUGACCUUCAAGAACUUAAGAAAAGUCAAGACCCUGUGAAAGACGAAAAGUUUGAGCGGCUGCUGGGCUCGCGGGCGGCUCGCCGGACUCCGCAGCAGCUGGGGAAAGCCACUUCGCGAUCAGGGUCUCUCUGCGCCCCCACGCCGGCGGUGGGCGGGGAGCCCUGAGGAUGGAACCUCCCCUCCCGAAACCCCGGAAAGGCUCGGAACGCCCCAACCCCUCGGCGCGGGCUCCAGAGCCCGGGCUCCUUCCCCGACGCGCCCGAGGACGCGGACCAGCCCCCCGCCCACGACCCCGCACGCUUCCGGGCCCGACGCCCAGGCCGUUCGCCCCCUUACCGGCAUCAUUUUGGACCCGAACCGCAUGGAAGCGGGUGGCCAGACUGCGGCCCCGGCCCAGCGGAGGCGCCCCGGGGGUCGCGGGUGCGGGGGAGGGGAGCGGAGAGCGAGGCCGCCCGGACCUGUUGCGAGGCGGCGGCGCGCGGCUCCGCAGGGCCCUCCGCGCGGCUGAGGCGCCACCAAGCCCCGGGCCCAAUCCCCCGGCCGGACCCCCUGACGCGGCUUUGUCUCCCCGACGCUCGCGACGGCUAGGGCUCCCUCCUCCGCUCCGAAACCAACUAAUCCGGGGCCGGGCCCCAGCCCAGCCCGCGCCGGCUCCGCCCCCCGCGCGGACCCCGCCCGCGGCACGCCUGGAGGCCUGGGGGAGGGGAGGCCGCGGGAACGGAGCGGCGCGCGCCUGCGCGGGUCCGGCGGCGUGGACAGGGAGCGGCGGGAGCCGGCCGCCUUUUCUUUCUUCACCUCGGACUGAAGUGCGGCCGGGGCUGCGCGGCGAGCGGCUGGAGCGCGCGCCUCCUAGCGGAGCCGGGGCAAUUGGGAGGCGGCGCCUCAGGAAAACAGAGAGCUAGUGAAAGGCACCGAGCCGCGCCAGGGUUGCCGCCGUCCCCUCCUCGGCAGCUCCGAGUCGUGCGAGGCAGGGGACCCUUUGCCUUCAGAACCGGACCCCCGAGGCUGGGCUCGUGGACAGGGUCCUCCCGCGGCCGCGCGGCAGGGCAAACCCCCGGCGAAGGCCCGGGCGUUGCGGCGGAAACGACCCAACUCCCUGGAGGCGGCGAGGACCGACCCCGUCCCGACAAAAUGGAGUUCCCCGUGUGGCUUCAGCCCGCGGCGCGUUCCCCGUGCUCCUCGGUGACCGGCUCUCGGCUUGUUCGCCUUUCCCUUCAUUUGCCGCCGUGCAAAUUCUAAUUUAAAACUCAUGUGUUAACUUGCUGUGAUGUUCACAAACGUACACCGCAGACUGGAUAAAGGGGUAACUUUUAUGUGGUAUAUGUUUUACCACAAUAAAAAUAA